AUGUCGGACGCCCAGACGAAGCAGUUUGGCAAGGGCCAGAGGACCGUGCCGCACCCGGCCCAGAAGGCCCAGAAGUGGUACCCCGUGGACGAUGAGUCGCAGCCCAAGAAAGUCCGCAAGACGCUGCGCCCCGCCAAGCUCCGCGAGAGCCUCCAGCCCGGUACCAUCCUGAUCCUCCUCGCUGGCCGCUUCCGUGGCAAGCGUGUCAUCCUCCUCAAGCACCUCGACCAGGGUGUCCUCCUGGUUACCGGUCCCUUCAAGAUCAACGGCGUCCCCCUCCGACGGGUGAACGCCCGCUACGUGAUCGCCACCUCCAAGCGUGUCGACGUCAGCGGUGUUGACCAGAAGGCUCUGGAGAAGACCGCUGCUCCUGAGUACUUCACCAAGGAAAAGAGCAAGGAGAAGAAGUCCGAGGAGGCUUUCUUCAAGCAGGGAGAGAAGCCCGAGAAGAAGAAGGUUGCCAGCGCCCGCGCCAGCGACCAGAAGGUCAUCGACCAGUCCAUCCUGGGCAGCAUCAAGAAGGAGGAGUUCCUGAGCAGCUACCUCGCCACUACCUUUAGCCUCCGCAACGGCGACAAGCCCCACGAGAUGAAGUGGUAA